AUGGGGAGGAAGAUGGAUCUGUCUCAGCUCACAGAUGCUGAGGCCCAGCAUGUGUGGGAAGUGAUCCAGCGUGACCUGGACCUUCGCAGAAAGGAGGAGGCGAGGCUGCACGGCCUGAAGGGCGAGAUUCAGAAGGAGAGAGAUCAGAACAAGCAUGCACUGCUCUUAGAUGCAGCCCACCUGAGUCAGACACACUGUGCCUGCUGCCUGCAGCCCUAUGAGCUGCAUCACACACCCAGGAGCCAGUGCAUGGAAUGCGGCCUCUUCACCUGCCAGUUCUGUGGCCUCAUGCGCCAGGAGGAGCAGAGCUGGCUCUGCAGCCCCUGCCACCUGGCCCGGGUGGUGCAGUUUGGCUCCCUGGAGUGGUACUACAGACACCUGAGGGCCCGCUUCAAGCGCUUCGGGAGUGCCAAGGUGAUCCAGUCCCUCAGCGAGCGGCUGCAGGGCACAGGCAGAGCUGAGCUGAGCACUGAUGAGGAGCAGACAGACGAGGAAGCUGACCCUUACUCAGAGCCCCCAGCACAGCAGCCGGGCAACAAAGCCACCCCACUGUCGCCUCAUUCCCCAAAGACAAGGCGCCGCCUCUCCAUCCAUGACCUGGAUCUGCUGGACUCACAGGAUGCAACCUCCACCCCCACAGGCAACCUAGAGGUGAGUCCAACUCAGCAGGACACAUCCCCUAGCCUCCAGAUCCAGAAUCUCUGGACAGAUCUGGGGGGCAACUUGAAGAAGUGGAGGCAGGCCCUCACAGGGGAGCCCAGCUCAGAGGAGUCUAUGGCAGAAGAAGUGGACAUCAACUGUUGGGGUCAGCACCCCAGCCAGAAAGAGCAGGUGGGCUAUCACCCGCAGGAUGGCCUCUCUUGGCACCACCUCCCUGCAGAGUCCAGCGAAAUGGCCCUCAGCAUCGCUGCCUACCCUGAUCAGGGAUCUCACAGCCAUGAGGCACCCCAAGGUCUAGGUGCUGAGGUUUCCACAGAAGCCGACCGGGAGGAGGCUGAGCUGAGGAGGAAGCUGGCACAGAUGUCUACGUACUUCAGUGACCCCACCGAUGAGGAUGAGGAGGCACAUGCAGAGCACGUGGAGGACGGUGGGGAACUCAGACAGAAGUCACAUCCCCAGAGCCCUGGGAACUCCUCAAAGGUCAACAGGACCACAGACGAGGAGCUGAUGGAGCUGGAGGGCAAAGUGGCCGCAGCAGCCUCUGAGGUCCAGCAGUCGGAGAGUGAGGUGACCUACAUCCAGUCCCGGAUCGCAGCCCUGCGAGCAGCUGGGCUCACCGUGCAAUCCACAGGAACCCCACAGAGGAAGUCAAACCUCCCGAUCCUUCUCCCCCGGAAGGCCAGGGCAUCUGUUAAGAGCACACGGGACCAGCAGACAGAAGCCCCUAAGCAGGACCAGGUCUGUGGGAACUGCAGGGACUGGGCCUGUGCAGAGAGGGUGGCAACUGCACCCAGUCCCCAGGAAGCAAAGUUUAAGGAUUCCCAUAGUGGACUAGGAAGCAACUUCGAGCGGGAGUCACUGUACAGAAUGUCCCUGACUCAGAGGAACCCCACCCGGAGGAAGGGUACCGCGCACCUGGGCUUUGCGGUAAUGACCCUGGAGGGACAGCGGGACCUGCAGGAGCACAGAAAACCUGUGAUGAGCCAACAGCCCGGGCAGGGUCAAUGA